ACUCUUUGGUAGUACGACAACUGUCAGUAAAAUGCAAUUAUUAUUUGACGUCCAAGGACAUUUUUAAAUAUUUAUUACUUCAUAUUUUUUUCCUACAUUCUAAAUUUGUUUUUGUAAUUAUGGCACAAUUUGAUGUUUUUGAUCCUUUGGCAAAUGUAACACUACGUUUUACUGAAGAAGAAUUGUCUGAUAUAAUUGAAUGGUUUGAUAACAAAUCCGAGCCUUUACUAAUUAUAAACGAAGGUGAACCGAUUAACGUAAUUACUAUUGAGAAUUUGAGGCAGUUUUUGGAGCUUAAAAAGUUUCACAAAAGAUGUUUUCACUAUCCAAGCUAUGCUGAAAUUAUGAGUCAAGUUGAAAUCUUGAAGGCUGGAAUAAAUAGAGUUCUAACUAAAGAUCAAUUUAUUUACUUGUUAGACAAAUGGGUGAUAGAGCCAGAUUUAAAACACGAAUUAAAAUUAGCUUUCAAGGUGUUUGAUACAGAAAAGAGAGAUUUUUUGGAAAUAGAUGAAAUUAAAGUUAUUGUCACAACUUAUGCUGACGUAUUUAACGACGCUGAGACUCGUGAAAUGUUACGUGAUGCAAACGUUCGUGGUGAUGGAAACGUAUUUUAUGAAGAUUUUGUGGAUAGCUUGUUUAAUGUUGCUCCUGAGUUAUAUCAAUUAAAGGCUGAAUUUCUUUACGAAGACCCCAAAGAAGAUCCUUCUGUACCGCCUGACCCAAUAAUAGAGCCAGAGCCCGAACCUGAACCAGCUCCUUCUCCUCCACCACCACCGCCACCAGAGCCAAAAAAGAAGAAGAAAAAAUAAAUAAAAUAUGUAUUGCAUGAAUUUCAGACAUACUGUUUAGAUUUAUUAAAUAAUACAUUGUUACAGAACUUAAA